AUGUCGGCCCCCGACGUCACUGCCGAGAAUGUGGCCGAAAUCCUGCAGAACGACCGUAUGGUCAAGGUGGCCGGAGUCGACGUGGAUGGCCAAUUGCGCGGUAAAAUCAUGAAGAAGAGCAAGUUUCUCUCGGUGGUCUCGGAAGGGUUUGGCUUCUGCUCCGUCAUUUUUGGCUGGGAUCAGCAUGACAUGACCUACUUCAAGGAGCUCUCCAUCAGCAACAAGGAGAACGGCUAUCGUGAUCUCCUUGCGAUCCCGGAUUUGAGCAGUUUCAGGCGUAUUCCAUGGGAGAACAAUAUUCCCUUCUUCCUGGUCAGCUUUUUGGACCCGGACACGAAAGAGCCCGUGUGCGCAUGCCCACGUGGGCUCUUGAAGACAGUGUCGGCCAAGGCCGAGGCCGCUGGAUAUCGCGCCAUGGCUGGAGCCGAGUAUGAGUUUUACCAAUUCCGCGCUCCUAGUGAUCACCCUAGUCCCGAGCGCGCAGCAUCCGCGACGGCACCUUUCCUGCAGACAAAUCCUGUCGAUUCUCUGCCAUCCUUAACAGAGGGCAUGUUUGGAUAUUCCAUUACUCGGCCCUUGCACAACCAGGAUUAUUAUUAUGGAAUCUUUGACGCCUGCGAACAAUUCCGCUGCGACAUCGAGGGUUGGCACACAGAGAGUGGACCUGGUGUUUUCGAGGCCGCACUACAAUUCGGAGAAGCAAAGGAUAUGGCUGAUAAGGCCGGGUUGUUCAAAUAUGUGGUGAAAGCAUACGGCAUCAAGCACGGAAUCACGCCAUGUUUCAUGGCAAAGCCGCGCCAGGGCCUGCCCGGAAACAGUGGGCACAUGCACAUUUCUCUGGUUACGGCCGAUGGCAAGAAUGCUUUCAUCCGCGACACACCCGACCCUUCUCCCCCCUACCCAGACGUGGCCCACCUCUCGGAUCUGGGUCGUCAUUUCCUCGCCGGACUACUGGUGGGAUUGCCUGAUGUGAUGCCGCUUUUUGCGCCCACCAUCAACUCCUAUAAGCGCCUAGUUGAGAACUUCUGGGCCCCUGUCACUGUGUCGUGGGGCCUGGAGCACCGUGCCGCCUCAAUUCGCUUGAUCACACCGCCCACAGCUAGUGCUAAAGCUACCCGGUUCGAGGUCCGCACCCCCGGUGCAGAUGCCAACCCACACUUUGUGCUCGCCGCCAUUAUGGCGCUAGGCUGGCGCGGCGUGGAAAAGAAGCUGGAGAUUCCCGUACCGCCUCUGUCAAAAGGCGAAGAUAUGGGCGGGGCUAGUGAUCAGGGGGUACGACUCGCCAAGUCCCUCAAGGAGGCCAUCGCCACCUUCACGCGGCCCGAUAGUGUGGCUCGAGAGGUCUUUGGAGAUACUUUCGUGGACCAUUUCGGUGGUACGAGAGAGCAUGAAGUCCGUUUGUUCGAGGAAGCUGUCACAGACUGGUAA